AUGUCUACUGCACCACAUGCUCUUGGUAAAUUCUACACUGAAAGAUCAACCUUUACAAGAAGAACUGGAGCUGGAGCUGAUGCUACAGCUACUUUUGUUGGUGGAGAUAAAAUCCAACAAGAAGUAAACAAGUUAGGUUUUUUGGGAUGUAGAGUUGGAGUUAAAUCGAUUGAUGGACAAAAAUCACCAAAUGAUGCUUUGUUUAUCUCUUGCUCUGGUUUGAUUAGUAUCCAAGACGAUGAGGAAAGAUUGUUUUAUCACUCUUUCUUUCUUGAAAUGGUUGGACGUUCCUAUUUCAUUUUAAAUGAUGUCUUUAGUUUAAUCGACAAGAGAUUUGUUCAAAAUCAUACUCCUGAUGAAGCCAAUAAAUACGUUCAAGAAGAAGAGGAAGAACAAGUAGUUGAGGAACCAACAAUGAAUGGUAAUCAUGGUGAACCAUUAGAGACAGUUGUAGCCGAACCAGAACCAGUAGUUGAAAAGGUAGUUGUAGAGACUCCAGCUGCUGCUGCUGCUGCUGCUGCUGCUGCUGUUCCAUCUGUUGCUGAUACAACUGCAACUGCUGUUGCUACUGUUGUUCCAGUUACACCUGUAGUUGUUGAAAAGGAGGUAGCUACAGUUGCCGCUGUUGUAGUUGAAAAGGAGACCCCACCAACACCAACUCCAAAGACUACUGAGACCAAGCCAACCACUGCCACAGUUGCCAAGGCAGCUCCAACCUAUGCAGAGAUGAUCAGUAUGGCCAAGCCAUCAUCUGCCACCCCACAAUCCACUACUCCACUUGCCAGCCCAACCAACCAGUCCACUGCCCCAGCUGCCGCUCAACCAGCCACAACUACCACUUCGACCACCAACAACAACAACAAAAACAACGACCGUCAUCACCCAAACAACAACAACAACAACAAGGGUGGUGCCAACCAGUCAGCCGAAAAGAACAAGGAUAAUCACAAGGAAGGAUGCACCAUUUUCAUCACUCCAACCGAUCCCAACAAUCAUUUCGAUCAAGACCAACACAAGCAACCCCUAAGAUCACUUUUCACACCAUUUGGCACCAUAACAAAUGUCAGAGUUCUCUCUAGUUAUGCGUUUGUCGAAUUUGAGAAACCAGAAACUGUUCAAGAAGUCUUGAACAAACGUUCAAAGUCUCCAAUGACAUUGGGAGACUCCAUCACCUUAAAGAUCGAGGAAAAAAGAAACCCUUUCCACAGUCGUCCACCAUUUAAAAAGAAUCAAAGAUCUCAAGAUAAACAACAAAAUGAAAAUAUCAACAACAACAACAGUAAAAAUAAUGAAAACAAUAAUAAUAAUUUAAAUAACAAACAACCUCAACAACCACAACAACAACAACAACCAAAAACAAGAGUACAAUCACCAAAGCCAGUAAAACAACAACAACCACAACAACAACAACAGAACGAUACUAAACCAAUUAAAGUUAACUUGAAUAAAUAA